CAUAAAACAAAUGACAGAUAAUAAUACUAAAAAGGUAUAUAUAUAAAUUAAUAAUUUGUUUAGGAGGCACCACCCAAAAGACCAUAAUGCGCUUUCUUUAUUUACAAAUAGGAGGUGUAUUAAUAAGUCAAGGAUGCCAAUCCCGGCAAGAAAAUGACUGAUAUCACAAAAAUCAUUUCUGAAUAGUAUAAACAACUGGCCAAGGAUAAAAUUGAUUAAUACGAAUAAAAGUACAAGGAUAGUAAGGCUAUCUUUGAAAAAGAAAAGAAGUUCUCAUAUCUAUUUAUAUAUUUAUAGAGCCUACGAGGAUGUACAUGGAAAGAUUAAGAAUGAAAGAAAGAAGAAGAAGGAUGAUGCCAAAGUCACCAAAAAACCAUAAAACAAGAAGUAGAAGAAAUAAGAAUCUGAAGAGGAUGAGAGUAGUGAGGAUGAUGAUUGAAAUAAUUUAUAUUUUAAUAAAUAAAUAUUUUAUUUUUA